GUCACUCUCAAGGUACACGAAGGAAGGGACCACUCUCCGAUUCCUCCCAGAGCCUUCUGUGAACUAAUCACUGCAAUUUUUAAGGUCACCAAUGCAGAUAACUGUCUAGAAAAGUGCAGUAUAUUUAAUUAAAAGGACAGUCAUCAUUUCGUCUUCAUAUUAUGAGUGAUAGCUAGGUACCCCAUUGGUAGUCUAGUCACACACGCUUCACACAAUGCACCUCUAAGCCUGAGGAAUCAUUCCGUGUUUCUAAGCUUCGAGUUGCACUUGAGAAAAGGAUUAGCAAGUCUCGGGAUGGGAGAGCCGUUUGCGGUCGUCAGCGAGGGACCGGCGCUGGGUGACCUUGCAGGGAGGGUUAAGGAGGAUCUCCCGGCUGGUGAGCCAGUGUAUAAUAUUCUGUUGUUUCAUGCCCGUGGCCAUGGCUAUGCCUACACUUUCUACACGCUCAAGGAUCACCCACACACCCACGUCAUCAUGUGGCGCAGCACAGACGGUACGGAACUCGGUUUUCACUGUCGGGAGAGCGAGGUAGAGCUCCUGAAGGCAGCCCUGAAGCAGUCGCUCUUGUUCUCUUGGCAGGCGCCUUUUGAGAUUGCUUGUGUGCCGGCCUAUUUGAUCGCCGCCGUGCAAGAGGUGGCCAGGCACAAGACUGGAUGCUACCUAACGGAGACAAAAACUCUUGUCUUUAGUUACAAGUCUCCUCAAGACGACGAGCCUCUUAGGUGCCGAGCGGGGUUGCGUGUUUGUCGGCUGGGAACGGCUGCCGUCCGCCGCAUGCUGGAGCGCAGCAAGUACGACAAACACAGGCCUCUCGACACCACGGUUCGCUUGGCCCAGAACAUCGCUUCGGCUGGCGUAUACGAGUGCCCGGACGCCAAAUCUGAAGAGGUUAUCGAUCCGGAAGACGUGCCCGUCGGUGGGGAAGGCGAGACGCCUCUCGCAUAUAUCAGCACCAUAUUCUAUGGAGGUUUGGCCAUGCUCAUGACGGAGGAGGAGCAUCGUGGUCGUGGGCUUGGAAGUCUCGUGACUCAGGUCGCGGCCAAGAUGCUUGCCGCCCAAGGAUACGCCCCUCAUGCCUAUGUAGUAAUCGAUAACGCAGUGUCUACUGCGAUGUUCAGCAAGCUACGAGGCUGGCGCAUGACGCAGAGGGCGUCCUGGAUGCAUCCUCCCUACGUCCAGCCUUCGGACGCCCCCGACACUCGAGAAGAGCUGUAAGGACAGGGUAUUAAAAGUGGUAUACGGAA